AUGUCCAAGAGAGGACAGACUUCAGGGAACGAGUUGCAAGACCAGCAUGCGAAAGACGAGCUCGCUUGGUUUGAUGAGAAGCUUGACGAGAAGGUGAUACACCUGCUGACCAAGUACUGCGGCUUCGAGUCGAAGCUGAAGCUUGGGUGCAUCCGCAGCUGGCAGCGGCUCGUCGAUGAGUUCACUGGAAUGCUGGCCUUCGCGCCCAUGCCUUGCGUGCACCAGGCGAAGAAGAGCCAUGUGCAGGGGCAGGUUGGCAGCGGAAGGGCUGGCACGCUCAAUUUCAACGAGGAGACUGUCAAACUCGUCGUGGAACUUGGAGGGCGCGAGGGUCUUGUUCGUCCUCAGCUGAAGCAGCUGCAACGACGCCUUCAGCGGCUUGUGCAGCGCGACUAUGCCAGCGCAGUCCACACUCUGGAAGCACACUGCGGUGCCGAGUUGGACGAGUUCCUCAGUUUGGUGAACUCGAACGCGGAGGACGAGCAGGCAUCCGACCCAGAGUUUGUGGAUGUGGGUCCAACGGCCCGCCGGCAGGAGCCAACAACUACCGCCAUGAUCUUGUCAUGCGUGAAGGAGGCUUUGCUCGAGCACGCCAAGUCUGAGAUUUCAUUGGAGCUGGAGGGCUCGGCGGAGAAGGACGACAGCGGAGCCCCUAUUUGGGAUGACGUGAUCAAGAAAUACCAGAAGCGGCUGAAAUCUGGCAUGAUGGUUCGAGAGGGUGAGAACACACUGAAGCCAGCAGCCUUGCACUGGAUGCUGCCUUUCAAGUUCAACAACGGAGGGCAAAUGAGCCUUCGCAAGCUGCGCUUCGAAAACUCCGACAAAGACUCGGCCUGGGGCAUCUGGCCGUUUGCGAGGUCAAGUCCGACAUUUCCCAAUGCCGUCGACCGCCAUCAGGUCGGCUGGCACAAGGAGCUGCUUGAGGAGAUAAAGGAUUGCGAGAGAUCCGAGGAAAAGAAGAUUGCAGAGGGCGGCGGUACGCCCUACAUCAAUUGCAGCAACGCGGUGAACUUGCAAAUCUUCCGCAUGUGCACGGAGGACUACGAAGUCCCGGUCAGUCGCAAUGGUGAGCCAAAGCUUUACGACUGUGAGGUACUGAAGCUGCUGAAGGCACUGCAAUUUGAAAUGGCAUCUGCUUGGCAUUCGAUGUGGAAGGGAAUGCUGCAGGAGCUGACCGAUCCCGAGAAGGUUACAGGCUUUGUCAAAGCCGCCCACAAAGCAAUGGAGAAGCCUGUGGCAGACUAUGUUGGGGCUGCCGGAAUGUGCUUGUUAUCCACCAACAACAAGCAAGUUCAGUCAAGCCCUUCCGAUGAUGCCGCGUGGAAAGCCGUGGUGGAAGUUGUGUGUCACGACCUUCGGGUCAGCUACGCGGAGGACCUCACAAAGACAACGCAGGAGGAGAUCUCUUCACUCGGGGAGGAAGCGAAGUGGCCCGAUUACGAAGGUUACAUGAAGGUUCUGGACAGGGCGGCGGAGACCAGCAAGGAAAAUUCCAAUGACUUCCUGGGAAGAAGGAAAGAAAGUUUGGCUGGUCAGGCGUCUUGGAGCCGUCUUUGCCAAGAAUUGGUCUUCGUGAUUCUCCAGCUCGAUAUGGACAGAGUGUCCGAGGAGGAGCUCAGUAUGUCCAAGUCCUCUGCAGGCGUGAUGUCGGCAGCUGGCCAGCAGGAGAUGAUUGCCAAGCUGGCCCAACACCGUCUGUUUCAGCUGAACAAGAAGAACAAGCAGGUCUUCAUGCAUCGCUUUGACUCCCUCUGGACACGCGAUGUCGACGCUGUGAUGGGGCAGAAUGCACGUGUGAAGGAGAGCCUGCAGUAUGAUGUUGGUAGCGACAAGAAGGCGGAAGACUGGCUGAUCGAGCAGCUCCAUAUGUACAAGGACAGAGUGGUCGGACAGACGAUGGCUGCACUGGAGGAGGAGUUCAAGAGCUUGUUCCCGGCGGAUUUUACACUCUUGAACGGAAGGUUCAAUUUGAACGAGCAGAAACUGCGGAAACAGACCUUCGUGCUCACCGAAGAUGGACGCAGCGUGCGGGAGACGGAUGCCACGCAGGACAUUCAUCGGAUGUGGGAAAGCGAUCGGUACGGCCUCACGCAGACGGUGGUGGUAUGUCCAGGCAAACCCGCAGGAAGUGAGACCAUCCAGCUCAGCGUAGAUGCAACCAUCGCCGCAUACGCCAACUUCCAGGAGCGGACACAUCGGGUGGAGCAGAUCUUCGCACUGCCAAGUGACCACGCCCCAAAAGCUGGCUUUGCAGGAGGUGCCUUCCAGGAACUAUGUCUCAACUACUUCAAGCAAAUCCACGUCCAUGCCAUCCACUAUUACCGCCCCAAGUUGAAGGCGUUACUGGCGCGGCUCUACCAGGAGCGUCAUCUGAGACAGGCAUUGCAAAGGAGCCCGGCGAUGGCCAAGGUGAAGGAGAAGACGGGGCAAAUCCUCAAGCGCGAGACCAAGAGGAAAGACCGCCUCAGGCGCGAGCUGAAUUCAAUGAGGGAGACCUUGAGGACGACGGAUCCAAACAGGAAUCACGGUCGCCGAUGA